AUGAAGACGUUCGGAAUCUUCGCUCUUUUUCUGGUCGUCGUCAUCUUCCAUCUGGGUGAGUUAUAUGCUCAAAUGGAAACCGUGAAGUUAGUAGAAAUAAACGAACUAACUUGGGAAUGACGGAGUGGUCCCUAGAGGGUUUAGGGGGAAAACAGCCCCUAUAAGGGUCAACAAAGUGCCUCGAAUAAGGGGUAAGCAAAUUUUGAGUGUCCCCUAUAGUAAUCUCUAGACCUUUUUUCUUCGAUAAGUCAAAAAAGACGAAAGGGAAUACUAGCAACCCCUAGAGCGGCCAUUUUUUCAAGCUUCAGUGCCCGUAUAGGGUUCGUUGAGGUGGUCCCUAGAGGGACACAUCCAAGUGCUUCUAAUGGCGCCCCUUUAGUGACCGCUCUGGCGUUCGUAGGUUCAUUUUUGAACAGAAAAGGUGAAUUUUUGAAUAUUUUUUCAAGCUCAAAAAAGAAAAUUUGAAUGUAAACUACGUUCGAAUAUUCCAAAGUUAGAGAGCAUUCCAAAAAUGAGAGAGCUGCCGUCUUUUUUCUCUAACGGCCCUCUUGUUCACCAGUGCUCUCUAGCUAUGGAAAAAAGAAAAUUACUUUUCGACUUCUUCAAAAUUUGAUUAAUGCUCCAUUUCUUGAGUUUUUCCGAUAUUAAUCGACUUUUAAAACAGUUCUCAACGUCCUUUAGAAGCUUCAAACUCUCAUUUAGGGUUUUAUAGUUCCGUUGAAGUUGGAAUUUCUAAGUUUGAACCUAAAAAACAGUCAGAAAAACCUAAUUUCAAAGUCUGAACUUGUGAUCAUCAUCUAGAGAGCUAAAUUUUGAAGUCGAGCUCAAUCAGCUUUCGAAUUUUUCGAAGUAAAGGUUCAAAAUAAACCCUAGUACCUACUUUUUUCCAGGAGUCGACGCGAAGAGCCUCCGGGGCUCGAUGGACGAUUUCGCGGCGAAAGAACGGACGGCCCGCGACGACACCUACGCCGUCUACACCAAGAACAUCGUGCCGCCGUCAAUUGCCGAAUUGGUCCGUUUUUCCGUUGGAAAAAAUUAAAAUUAGAAAAAAUCUAUGUUUUAUACAAAAUUAUCAUUGUUUCGCUUUAUCAUUUCGGUGAAAAAGAAAAAAAAACGAACUGUAAGCUUUUUCGAUGAAUAAGUGAUCCCUCAAGCUGUUUUCCAUGGCUAGAAAUUCAUCGAAAAAAAAAUUAGUGGCCACUUAAGAGGUUCUUCAAGGACUGCUUGGAGAGAACACUAAAGUGGCCAUCUCCUUAGAGACCACAAUUUCGCGUUUUAGUGUUUUUAGUGGCCCAGUUGUACUACUUAGACUUAUAAGAAGCUACUAAAUUUUAGCCUCCUAAGUGACCACUAACUCUACUACUAUAGUCGCCACUAAAAUGUCAAAACCCUAAAGCGGUCACUAAUCCCAGGCAAUUUAAAAAAAAGAUUCACAGAAUACAGCCUAAAUUUGAACAAAAGAAAGUUAGCUUAAAUUUAAAAAAAGAGUUUUCAAAAAUCAAUGCGCGUAUUUCAAGCAAAAUCACAAAUGCUCCUUCUGAAACACGAAUAAUUACAAUUUUCCAGUUCCUCCGCAACCGAUUCCUCCGGUGA